CUCGCAAAGAAAAAAUAUUGCAUUUUUAAGAUACAAUUGUGAAAAAAUAAACAAAAAAGCGCCGCAAAACGUUAAUAAGUGCGUGCAAAACGAUGGCGCGCAUAACACGAAGUGAUAUUUCACUUGACAUGGAGGUCUGGGUAGAGGAACUGUCGCCGGCGCAGUUGGCGUAUUAUGAAAAAAUAACCAACGAACACAAUGCGGUGAAAAAUGCAUUAAAAACUGCCGUCAGUGCCAAUGAGGGUAAAGAGCUGUUCAAUGGUCAAGUGUUUCAGGCAUAUUGCUUCAAAGGCAAAGUGUUACAAGAUCUGAAAGAGGCGACGCUGCCCAAGAAGCCGCCUAAAGCGGCAGACCCACCUCCCCCCGCCCCCGUUAGCACUCCAAGUUCUGGUACAGGCACUGGUACGGGGCGUCCUCGUGGACGCCCACGGCUUAAUUCAAACAUAGCCUACUUGGAGUCCUCGGAUGAGGGCGAAGACGAUGUCCCGCUGGCCAAACGCUUGGCUCUCUCUGCAGGUAAAAAAGCUGUUGCAGCCGCCGCUGCGUCUGCGGGCGCACCCAAAUCGAGCAAAAAAUCCAGUUCUAUAUCCGGCUCCACAUCUGGUAAAUCAUCACCCCAGCUUAAGAGCAGCAAGGGCAGCUCCAGCAGCAAGUCUGCUUCAGGUGAAUCGCCACCCAAAAACUUUCGACCAGCCGAGGUUAAUUCUGUGGGCGGUCUGGUGGUGGGCAGUAAUGACGAUAACAAAGACAGCAAAGAUAAAGAUGGCAAGGAUACAAAAAUGCAGGGCAAAACCUAUCCAUCGCUGGUUGUGCUUGCCAAGCCGUUCCUCAAGAUCAAAGACAUGGCUGCCACGCGCAGCAAACUGGACUCCAAGGUCAAGUUGGUGCUGAUGCUCACACCCAACAAGUUCUGCGAGUGGCUGCUGCAGGAGGGACUGCUGCGCGCGCAACAGAACUGCAUCAAUCAUCGCAACAAUGAACUAAAGCUCGGCGUUUACUCGGACAUCAGCAAGUUUCCUUAUACUGGGGGCUAUGUGUGGAUUAGCGACUGUUGUCCAUAUCGCUUUGUUUCCGUCUUUAACAACUCUAUAUUCGAAGGUGCUCAACAUCCGCCAACAUUUUUACUCAAGCUAAUUUAUCACUGGGCAUGCCAGACUAGCAUACAGAAUGUGGUGCAAUGGGUGAAGGUGGACAGCGUGUAUAUUAAAGGCAUCUACACCUGGCUGCGUGCCAUUUGCACCUUGGCAGUACAUCAGAAGUGCAAAAAACUGGGCGGACCUGGAAAAUUUGUGGAGGUGGGCGUUAUAUCCUUAGGCACUACCUCGCAGGAUGGCGCGCAGCGUCAGGUUAAAGUGGAAGUGCUGGGCGUCUAUGAUUAUGCAGAGAAAUCUAUACGCUUGCGUGCGGUAGAACCAAUCACCGAUGGUGAUCGCAACUAUAAGAAACGCUUUCAGGCUAUACUGGAACCCUUGUCACGCUGGGUACACAAGGACAGCACCAUCUGCAUAGAUUUAACUGUGGACAAGAUAACACUCUUCAGCAUGGGCUUCAAAAAUAUUGUACAAGCUGCCGCUACGGAUAACUCCGCCAAGCAUAACAACUCAGCUGUAAUGGAGUAUCUACGUCGCAUUGUGCCGCGCAUGUUUCAAAAUACAUUGUCGCUGUUAUCGCGUCAAAUGAUACAGCAGUUCCUGGACGAGCUCGUCUGGCGUGAAUCCUUUGGCACCUAUGCGCUGCAGGCUUUCAAUAACAUUAUCAUACACAUAGCCGAGCAGACACGCGUAACCACUACCGAGACAAUUACACAGCGCUUAUAUCAGGUGGCCACGAACCCAUUUAAGGACUGGAGCAUAUUGCCUGCCAACUAUAAGGAAACACCGGCCAAUGCUGCGCCCAAACGCCUUAAGAAACCCAUUAAUGAUGCGGAUUACUUGAGUGCCAAAAAGAUUAAAAAGGAACAGGAGCGCGAGAAGGACAUACUGCCCUCUGGCAGCAAGCGACGUUCAGGCGUUAGUACACCACCGCCCACUGUGAGCUCCAAGAUAAGCAAGACCGCUGCUCCCAGCAGCUCCAAGAAUGUGCCCAAAGCCAGCAGCUCAAAGAUAGCACCGCCUCCACCACCUCCACCCAAGGCAGUGCCCAAGAAGCCCAAGGAAGCCAAGGAGGAGAAACUACCAGUGGUAAUUAAAAAGGAGGAGGAUGAGCUCAAAGGGCUGGAGGAGCUAUACUAUGGCAUAAGCGAUGGCACCGAGGAGUUCUUCGAGCAUUUCCCUUACUGCUCGCCACGCUCAAAUCCUGCCGAUUUGACACGCUCGGUGGAAUGCCCUAUUUGCCUAAACGGCGAUCGCUACGAUUCAAAUGAGAAGCUGCAAACGCAUCUCGUUUCGCACAUCUCUCCCGAGGGCAAUCAGCAUCAGUUCCAGUGUCUAUUCUGCCUGGAGAAACAUGCCACUGAGUCGUCGCUGGCCAAGCACAAUCAGAAUAUGCAUCCCACAGAGACCAAGGCAGAGGGAUCGCCUUCUUACCACUGCCUGAUUUGCCAACAGCGUUACAAUUCGCUGCACUUGCUCACGACACAUCUGCAGAAGGUGCACAGCACCUUGGAGCUGCCAUAUUGGUGCCAUUCCUGCGGCUAUCGCUCAUCCUCCCAUCGCGAUCUGGUGCGUCACUUUUACGAUGAGCACAAGAAUCAAAACUUCUUGGCGUGUCCUUUCUGCUUGGAUAUAUUCUACUUUACACACAAGGGUCGCGUCAAUCAGCUGCGCAUCGAGCAUUACUUUAUGCAUCUUCAUGAGCAUGUGAACAAGAAAGAUGCUUCGCUGCGUUGCCAAAAGUGCUCGCUAAGCUUCUUGGAGAAGGGCGAUCUGAAGCAGCAUACGGUGCUGCAUCAUGUGAGCAUGACCAAGACCAACAAACCCGUGCGCAUGCUGCUCAACAAUUCGUUGCUAAUACCGCCACCCAAGGUGCGCACGCAUCAUCGCGAGCAGCCGCCCUUUAAUAGCUAUAAGCGGCCAGUGUUCUUUGCCUUCCUGGAGGGCAAGACCUGCGCCGAGUGCAAUACAGACUUUGCCAACGAGGAGACACACUAUACCGGCUGGCUCCACUGCGUCAAGUGCAAUUUUCAGACCUGCUGCGAGCGUGCGCAGUUUCGUCAUGGCGUAGACUGCAAUGGCAACUUUGUGGAUGCCAUGGAGGUCAAUAUGCCGCAGGAGAUGCACUGCAUCUGUGGCUACGCCACCGGCAAUGGCAACAAAAUGGCACAGCAUUUGGCCAACUGCCAACUGAGCACAUGCUACCCCAGCCUGGAGGCUGCCAACGAGAAUGCCAUCAAGCGCAAUAUGCUAGACAUGUUAGGCUUGGUGCGUCGCGAUGGCGAAACCUCUGGAGAGGGUGCAGACCUGGGUGAUGAAGUGGAUGAGCGCAUGGACGAAUCAUUACCGGUGGCAAGUGAAGUAGAUGCAGCACAGCAUCUGGCACAACAACAAGCUGUAGACUUGCCACAUACUUCCCAAGUGAUUAUGCAGGCUGAGCCCGCACAGCAGCAAACGUAUAUGGAGGCGCCGCCACAAAUGGCGCAGCCCGCACCAAUACAAUUUGGUGAACUAGAAGCCACGCCAGUACUACUCGAUCCACAGCAAGUGCAGGCACAAGCAGACUAUGCGCAAGUUUCAGUUGUGCAGCAGCACCAGCAGCAACAACAACAACAGCAGCAGCAGCAAUCCUAUGGACUGGCAGGUUAUGGGCAGAGCGCGCUGUCCACAGACAUUGAUAUGCCGCUCAUUGGCGAGCUGGCUGAGCCGAAUGCGCCGCCCACGCCCCAAUUUCUAGGCGAAGUGCAUACACCCAUGUUUGAUGCUGUCGCCGCCGCCGAGCAGCAACAUUACCACGCCCAGCAGCAGCACCAUCAUCACCACCAUCAAUGAUAUAAAGCUUUUAAGCACAAGCCACGUGACUAUUCUAUGAACUGGCACCAAUAUCAAUAAAAGUAAACUUUCACAAUUGAGUAUAAGUAUAAAUUGUAUUACAAUUACGCUACAAAUUUUGUAGUUGAGCAUCGAAUUAUUGCACAGAUUAAAUUUUGUAAAACACACAAAACUAAAAACAUUAAACAUACAAAAUAUAUAUA